UUGUCUCCAUACCUGUCCAAAAAGAGGCCCUCUGCAAAAAACCAUGCAGAACCCCGUCCAUAAUCACAGCCCCAGCUCCUGCCACCUCCUGUUUUCCCCUGCCAUAUGCCUCAGAAUGAAGACACAGUACUUGUCCAGCCAUCAACAUCGGCUACACCACCAAGGGCCCUUACCCCUGUGCAAUCUGGCCGUGAUCACAUCAUACUACGGGCACUGGAGGAGCUGAUGGUGCAGGUUCGACAGAACACCCUGCUUUUGCAGGCUCUUACUAGCAGACAACCGGUCCAGAACACCAGCCAGUUGUCUGAAGAGUACAAAUUCCCAAUGACCUGUGAUGAGGACCUCACAAGAGUUGAGAAGUUAUUAGACAAACCACAAAAGAAAGCCCUGACUGCAUACCUCGCAACACUGGGAGGUUGCAACCCCGGGGAUGUGGUAAGGCGAAUGCUGCGCCACAUCCUGGAUGACGAAUUCGCACAGCAAUUCAACUGGCUGGGGCGAGGGGGGAGAAAGAAGGCUUUUUCAGCCUUUAAGAUUACUGCUGUGAUACGAGGUGCAUCGGCUGUUCAGAAAAUAACCGCCAGUGAUUGUGAGGCAGUCAUGAAAAACUGGCUGAAGUACAGUGGUGACAGGAGUGGAGGGAGAAAGAGGAGAGCUGGGAGACAGCAGGGAGGUGAUGAUACAGUGUCCAGGGACGACAGCAGCAGCAGCAGCAGCAGCAUGGAUGAUGACGACUUUUAAGUUAUUUAU